CCACAUAUGCUACUGAAACACCAACUCCAGCCCUAAUCCCUACACCUGAGGAAGUUUCUACAUUUUACACAACACCAAAAGCUGAAGAAACUUUUGAAACUACCCGCACAUCAAAUGAAAAGGAAAGAAUAUCUACAACUGAAGCAUCCCAAAUAUCUUUUGGGAGUACAGAAGCAUCCAUGGACACCACUGCAGUAAACAAGAAUGAAGAAACAAUUACUCCAGCCUUGCCAACAAUCUCUCAUGCUGCUUCAACAGCAUUAGACACAACUAAUCCAUCAACUGUGCAUGCUUCUACAUCUUUCACAACCCCAAAAGCUGAAGAAACUUUUGAAACUACCCGCACAUCAAAUGAAAAGGAAACAAUAUCUACAACUGAGGCAUCCCAAAUAUCUUUUGGGAGGACAGAAGUAUCCAUGGUCACCACUGCAGUAAACAAGAAUGAAGAAACAAUUACUCCAGGCUUGCCAACAGUCUCUCCUGGUGCUUCAACAGCAUUAGACACAACUAAUCCAUCAACUGUGCAUG